AUGUCGCCCAAAUCCAAGAACGCCCUGGAGGUCCAGCCUCCAACGAAGUCUACCCGCUCCUCAAGUCGCUCCCCGAGGCCGAAAAACCGCAAGAAGGCACCCGUGGAAACGCUGAAUUAUGGUUCGGAUGGAGUGAAGGACAACAGUAUUUUCAGCCUUCCUACUUCCGACUACAAGGCCUUGGUUCUCGUCACCUUGGUCGCUACUGCUGUCCGUCUCUUUAGAAUCUAUCAGCCGACAAGCGUUGUCUUCGACGAAGUCCAUUUUGGUGGUUUUGCGUCAAAAUAUAUCAAGGGCCGCUUUUUCAUGGAUGUUCACCCGCCACUCGCUAAACUUCUUAUUACACUUGCGGGUUGGUUGGCUGGAUUCAAUGGCGAUUUCGAUUUCAAGGAAAUUGGAAAGGACUAUUUGGCAGCAGGAGUCCCAUAUGUGGCAAUGCGAAUGCUCCCAGCUAUCAUGGGUGUGCUUACGGUGUCCUUGAUGUUCUUGACAUUGAAAGCAUCGGGAUGUCGCACCACGACUGCCGUGCUAGGUGCUGGUGUGGUGAUAUUCGAGAACGCCCUGGUCACCCAGUCUCGUCUGAUCCUCUUAGACUCGCCGCUGGUGUUCUUUACUGCACUCACGGCCAUGUCAUUCACAUCUUUCACGAACCAGCAAGAACUAGGCCCAUCGCACGCCUUCCGUGGACCCUGGUGGUUUUGGUUAGCUGCUACUGGCCUAUGUCUUGGUGCUACUUUAAGUGUUAAAUGGGUUGGCCUUUUCACAGUUGCUUGGGUUGGUUCUCUAACCAUCAUUCAACUGUGGGUUCUUCUUGGGGAUACAAAUAAUGUCACUCCGCGCUUGUGGUUUAAGCAUUUCUUUGCUCGGUUCUUCUGCCUCAUCGUCAUUCCAUUGGGCUUCUACUGUGGAAUGUUUGCAAUCCAUUUCCUGUGUCUGGUAAAUCCGGGUGAGGGCGAUGGUUUUAUGUCGUCUGAGUUCCAGGCUACAUUAAACUCGAAGGCGAUGCAAGAUGUUCCCGCUGACGUUGCUUUCGGCUCCCGUAUCACGCUUCGUCACCAUAAUACGCAGGGUGGCUACCUUCAUUCUCACAACCACAUGUACCCUACAGGAAGCAAACAACAGCAGAUUACACUCUAUCCCCACAAGGACGAAAACAACGUCUUCAUUGCGGAGAAUCAGACUCAACCUCUUGGCCCUGACGGAGAAAUCGCGGGUCCUUUUGCCUGGGAUAACAUUACCGCUGAGUAUAUUGAAGAUGGUGCUAUCAUUAGAUUGAACCACUUGAUGACUCAGAGAAGAGUCCAUUCACACGACGAGCGCCCCCCCGUGACUGAGGCGGAUUGGCAAUAUGAAGUAUCUGCCUAUGGGUUCGAGGGGUUCGCUGGUGAUGCAAAUGAUAUGUUCCGCGUAGAAAUCGUCAAGUCAAUGUCAGAGGGCGAAGAAGCCAAGAAGCGCUUGAGGACCAUCCAAUCCAAAUUCAAGUUGGUGCACGUCAUGACCGGCUGCGUCCUAUUCUCCCACAAAGUCAAACUUCCCGACUGGGGCUGGGAGCAGCAAGAGGUGACUUGCGCGAAGGGAGGCACCUUGCCCAACAGUGUUUGGUACAUCGAGUCCAACAGCCACCCAAUGCUGCCGGCGGAUGCAGAGAAGGUCAAUUACCGAAACCCCGGGUUUUUGGGCAAGUUCUGGGAACUCCAGAAGGUGAUGUGGACGACCAACGCGGGAUUGACGGAGUCCCAUGCUUGGGAUUCGCGACCCCCGUCGUGGCCAACGCUGCUCCGUGGCAUUAAUUUCUGGGGCGCUGAUCAUCGCCAGAUCUACCUCCUUGGCAACCCACUUAUCUGGUGGUCCUCGACAUUGGCAAUUGGCAUCUACGUACUAUUUAAGGGAAUCUCCAUCCUUCGCUGGCAACGUAAUUGUGCGGACUAUCGGAACGUUAAUUUCAAGAGAUUUGACUACGAGGUUGGCACAAGUGUCUUAGGAUGGGCCUUCCACUAUUUCCCCUUCUACCUCAUGGCCCGGCAACUCUUUCUCCAUCAUUAUCUUCCAGCGCUUUACUUUGCCAUUAUCACCUUGUGUCAAGAAUUCGACUUCCUUGCCAACCGUAUCCAUGCUCUUGGACUAGCAUCCAGGCCCGCCAUUGGCAAGGCGUUGGCCGGUAUUUUCCUCGCACUGAGCAUCUUCACUUUCACACUUUAUUCUCCUUUGGUCUAUGGCAACCCCUGGACUCCAGACGCUUGCCGCAAGGUGAAACUAUUGGACACCUGGGAUUUCGACUGCAACACUUUCCAUACUGACGAAGAAGCGGAAGAAGCGGACGACGCUAAUGUUACCCCGGAGCCCCAGCCCCCUCGUGCUAAGGCACGGGUUGAAUACCGUGAUCAGGAUGGCAAUAUUUUGGACGAGAAGCUUGUUGCCGCCCUUGCCAAGGAGGGCAAAGUAUCCUUUGAGACUCGCCAUGAGACUCGUACUCGCUUGGAGCAUGGCCAUGAGGUCGAAAUGAUCAAUGGCCAAGUAGCCCCACCGCAUCCAGACGUUGAGGCAAAGCCCGCCAGUGAAGGGAACGAGGCUACUAACUAA